AUGGUGACCAAGGUUCUGUUGGUGCCUUACUGGAUGGUAACCAAGGUUCUGUCUGUGUGUUCCAGGGCCAACCUGGAUCCCAGGGACUUCAGGGGGUUCCAGGGGACAGGGGUCCUCCAGGAGAAGGCAAAGUCGGACCCCCGGUAUAGACACACACACACACACACACACACACACACACACACACACACACACACACACACACACAGGCACAUUCAAUCUUGCUGCAUAUUUUGAACAUUUUGAACUUUUUCUUUUACAGGGACCUUCAGGGCUCAAUGGUGCAGUUGGACCGUCGGUAAAACCAUUUUGGACAUUUUGUCAUAAUUAUGCUCAGCCUUAGUGUGACAAAGUGUAAACACAAACGGAGUAAUGUUCAAAUAAAAAUUCAACUGACUGCUGUUUGUUUCCUGGUUCAGGGCAUGAGAGGUCUGCCAGGCGUCGCUGGUACACAGGGACCAGCAGGACACAAUGGUUUACCAGGAAGACCAGGAGAUAAGGGAUCCCCAGGAGAGCCAGUAAGUUGACGUGUACAGUAAAUGGGCUUGGAAAUGUCCCAACAACACAGCAAACUGAGACCAAAUACUGUACCUUCACUUUUUUUUGUCACUACACUGACAUGAUAGCAUACCUAUGGGGAUGUAUUCAAACGCAUGAUGUGAUAUCAGUGUGAAGUGUAUAAGUCCAAUCAACCUUUGUAUAAUAAUGGACACCAUCUCUUUCAGGGAGCAGCUGCAGACCUGUCGGAUUUGAAUCUGAAGGUAAGGAGGAGAGCCUCAUUACCAUAGUACUGUUUCCUCCAUCUUGUUAAAUGAUCCUGAGACAGACAGAUUCUUUCAUCACUAAGUGUUUCUCCUUGUCCUUCAGGACAUAUGUUCAGACUGCCCAGCCGGGCCCCCGGGACAGUCUGGUCUGCCAGGGACACCAGGAGACAAGGGACACGCUGGACCCCCAGGAAAGAACGGACAGGACGGGUACCAAGUAAGGACAAAGUCAUAGUACCAUGCCAUAUAUUGUAUGAUAAAGGUAUCCCUUACUGGGAGAUACUCAUCCUGAAUCAUGAAUUGGAUUAAAAUGAUCCUCUCCAUACCACUUCUUCAUGCUCUUAACCAGGACUGCCCAACCCUGUUCCUGGAGAGCUACUGUCCUGUAGGUUUUUGCUCCUACCCUAAUCUAGCACACCUGAUUCUAAUAAUUAGCAGGUUGAGAAGAUGAAUCAGGUUGGUAACACCUGGGGUUGGAGCGAAAACCUACAGGAGGGUAGCUCUCCAGGAACAGGGUUGGGCAACCCUGCUCUAAACACUGCAAAGAGGACUUUGUUUAACUUCAUAGAAGUAGUAUGUCUCAGACAGUAGCCUAGGAGAAGAGCGAGGAGUCUCCUGUAUCCAUCACACUGUGUUUGACUGAAGUGGCGGGAAGCUAACAGCCUGGCUCUCUCAGCAUCGUUAGGCUUACUAUCCUCUGGGGGGUACAGUGAAUGAUCAGGACCUGUAGACAGGGCUGCUGAUGGUCUUUUUAGAGAGCCGGAGAGAGAGAGAGAGCGAGAGAGAGAGAGAGAGGGAGAAAGAGGGGAAGCGGGGGAGAGACAAAGACAGACAGACCAGAAAGAAAGAUGUAGAGAGAGAGCCUUUAGUUAGCCAGAGACUGAUGGUGUCUCUGUGUCAUUAUCAUUACAGGGCCAGGCAGGCCCGACCGGACCCACUGGAUCCCCAGGAGCCAACGGAGAGAAAGCAAGUCCUCCUCAACCACACCCGCUUAUCAACCACACACAUCUAUCUUCCAUAGAACAUUCAUUAUUGAGUUCAAGACCUGAAACCAUCCAGUGGUUUGUGUCUGUUAUGUCACCUGCCAUAUAACACAGUGGACAGAGGUGAUAUGUAUUAUUUAUUGUUCGCUCCACAGGGUGUGAAAGGUGAUAGAGGACCCCAAGGAGGACCUGGAGACAAAGGUGAAAAGGGCCACACCGGACCCCCUGGCCACCCCGGUGCUGCUGGUAUCAUUGGUAAUCCUGUGAGUACCUGUACCUGCCUGGUGGUAUUACCAGUACCUACCAUAUCCCAUCGUCUGUCAACCUGCUCUUUUGCUAUUUAGUAUCACCAACUCCUAUGGUCAUUGCAGUAGGAUGAAUGUUCUUUCUGACUCUUGCCUCUUCGUCUCUCUGUAGGGUAACGACGGUCAACCCGGCCCCAUCGGUCCCCCAGGAGCCCCUGGAGAAAAAGUCAGGAUGUUGUCAAUGUGUUUUAUAUUCAGACAGCAUAUUACACUACAUGUCAUUAGUUUUAUACCAGCCUUGUCCCACUGGCUGGCCAUAUAGGUCAACUGGGAUGAGUGUUGUGGCAGAGGACAUUAAUCAUCAUAGUGUUGUUGUUGAUUUAUCAUGGUUGAAACUGUGGAACUAUCUUGUGUUUGUUUUCUCUCUGCAGGGCAAGGAGGGGAUGAAGGGAAUCCAGGGGCCACCAGGUCUACCAGGCUUAAUGGUGAGAAACAAUGUUGAUAAAGUUUUGUGAAGGAGUCGAAAUGAUCUGCUAAAGACUUAAAAUAGUUUUGGUGUGGUAGUAACAAUAUCACUAUAACCUCUGUCUCACGCUAUCCAUGAAAACAUACGUGUAAUUUAUGGAGUGGAAUGUGAAUAAACAGUUUGAAACCCAAGGCUAAAAGCAAGAAAGACUAAAUGCUGAAUAACCUUGUUCCAUAGGGUCAAAUGGGUAAAAUUGGCAAAGAUGGCCGACCAGGAGAACAAGGAGAACCGGUGAGUACACAUGAUAUGGCCUGACUAUAUUCCCAGGAUAUUCUAUAUGUCCUGUAUAUCCUGUUAGGGCUUCAUUCAUGGAUAUAUUAUGUACAUGAUCAGUCAAAAUGGUCCCUUUUUAUACAGCUGAAGUCGGAAGUUUACAUACACUUAGGUUGGAGUCAUUAAAACUGGUUUUUCAACCACUCCACAAAUUUCUUGUUAACAAACCAUCGUUUUGGCAAGUUGUUUAGGACAUCUACUUUAUGCAUGACACAAGAAAUGUUUCCAACAAUUGUUUACAGACAGAUUAUUUCACUUAUAAUUCACUGUAUUAUAAUUCCAGUGGGUCAGAAGUUUACAUACACUAAGUUGACUGUGCCUUUAAACAGCUUGGAGAAAUCCAGAAAAUAAUGUCAUGGCUUUAGAAGCUUCUGAUAGGCUAAUUUACAUCAUUUGAGUCAAUUGGAGGUGUACCUGAGGAUGUAUUUCAAGGCCUACCUUCAAACUCAGUGCCUCUUUGCUUGACAUCAUGGGAAAAUCAAAACAAAAUCAGCCAAGACCUCAGAAAAAUAAUUGUAGACCUCCACAAGUCUGGUUCAUCCUUGGGAGAAAUUUCCAAACAGCUGAAGGUACCACGUUCAUCUGUACAAACAAUCUUACGCAAGUAUAAACACCAUGGGACCACGCAGCCGUCAUACCGCUCAGGAAGGAGACGCGUUCUGUCUCCUAGAGAUGAACGUACUUUGGUGCGAAAAGUGCAAAUCAAUCCCAGAACAACAGCAAAGGACCUUGUGAAGAUGCUGGAGGAAACAGGUACAAAAGUAUCUAUAUCCACAGUAAAACAAGUCCUAUAUCGACAUAACCUGAAAGGCCGCUCAGCAAGGAAGAAGCCACUGCUCCAAAACCACCAUAAAAAAGCAAGACUACGGUUUGCAACUGCACAUGGGGACAAAGAUCGUACUUUUUGGAGAAAUGUCCUCUGGUCUGAUGAAACAAAAAUAGAACUGUUUGGCCAUAAUGACCAUCGUUAUGUUUGGAGGAAAAAGCGGGAGCUUGCAAGCCGAAGAACACCAUCCCAACCGUGAAGCACGGGGGUGGCAGCAUCAUGCUGUGGGGGUGCUUUGCUGCAGGAGGGACUGGUGCACUUCACAAAAUAGAUGGCAUCAUGAGGAAGGAAAAUUAUGUGGAUAUAUUGAACUAACAUCUCAAGAAAUCAGUCAGGAAGUUAAAGCUUGGUCGCAAAUGGGUCUUCCAAAUGGACAAUGACCCCAAGCAUACUUCCAAAGUUGUGGCAAAAUGGCUUAAGGACAACAAAGUCAAGUUAUUGGAGUGGCCAUCACAAAGCCCUGACCUCAAUCCUAUAGAAAAUCUGUAGGCACAACUGAAAAAGCGUGUGCGAGCAAGGAGGCCUACAAACCUGACUCAGUUACACCAGCUCUGUCAGGAGGAAUGGGCCAAGAUUCACCCAACUUAUUGUGGGAAGCUUGUGGAAGGCUACCCGAAACGUUUGACCCAAGUUAAACAAUUUAAAGGCAAUGCUACCAAAUACUAAUUGAGUGUAUGUAAACUUCUGACCCACUGGGAAUGUGAUGAAAUAAAUAAAAGCUGAAAUAAAUCAUUCUCUCUACUAUUAUUCUGACAUUUCACAAUCUUAAAAUAAAGUGGUGAUCCUAACUGACCUAAGACAGGGAUUUUUUACUAGGAUUAAAUGUCAGGAAUUGUGAAAAACUGAGUUGAAAUGUAUUUGGCUAAGGCGUAUGUAAACUUCCGACUUCAACUGUACAUGGCACAAUAUGUGCCCCCUUCAUAUUUACCUGCACAUCAUUCCCUUGGUGUGUAAUCUAACUCUGUGUUGGGAUUUCAGGGUAAACAAGGAGAGCCAGGACCAUCAGGACAACCAGGUCUCAGGGGAAUGCCUGUGAGUAACUGUGGGAAGGAUUAUUUAACUGUGUGGCUAAUGGAGAUAUAAUUUCAGUAAUAAAACAUUGUUGGUGUAUUCAUGUUGAUCAUUCUUUCCACACAGGGCUUCAAAGGUCACAGAGGAGAGCCUGGACAACCAGGUUCAAAGGUCAGCCCAUUGACUCCCAUGUCACCAUUCUCAACACAUUAGAUGACUAGGCCAUAACGUGGUGAAUAACGUGGUUAGGCAUAUGUCUUCCCUGGUCUGUCAAGAUCAAAUCAUCUCACUCUCAAAAUUGUGACACAUGCCUACUCUUAUUAAAUCUCACUCUGCUCUCAGCUCUAGGAUACAAUACCUGCCACAGCAGUGUGACCAAUAGCAUGUCUCAAUAUAGUGUGACCUAUUAUUGUGUGACCAAUAGCAUGCCUCAUUACAGACACCACUGAGACACAGUGCCAGGCUCACAUCCCCUCCAGCCUGUUCUCUGGCAGAGAUAGACCACUCAUGAUUGCAACUUCCUUAUGCCAUUGCUGCCCAAGUGCAUCACUAUAACACAUAUCUUAAGACAGAGGCUUAUGUUACAUAGACUUCUGUCUAUCUCCAUGUGAACCUAUGGAUUUUAUAGACCACAUUGGAUGGAUAAGAGUGUCUCACCUUGACCCCCCUUUCUAUAGCUAUAAUCAAAACAUUUUCCUGAGGGCUUCAUUAGGAAAGAGAGGCUUACUGUGAAUUGAUUGGUUGCAUUGAUUAAUAUGUUUCUGUCUUCGACCAAUCAGGGUGAAGAUGGAAAGGAAGGACGUAGUGGACCGGAGGGUAAACCUGGCCAAGACGUGAGUGAGAACACUAAUAUAACCAAUCAUAACUAUGCAAUUAUCAACAUACAGGGAAUGUCUUAAUAAUAUAUGCGUUGUGUUUGUUUGUGAAGGGUAAUACUGGACCACCUGGACCAGAAGGCCUGGCUGGCCGGAGAGGGGAGAAUGUAAGUCACCUUUAUACUGCAGUAGACAAGCCUUUAUCUGCUGACACCAGAUUUAGCACGAUGACAACCUGGCUGAAAGAACGUUUCACUAAUGUCUGUAUUUCUCUCUCUCUCGCUCUCUCGCUCUAUCGCUCUCUCUGUCUCGCUCGCUCUCUCUUUUCCUCUCUCUCUCUCCCUCUCUACCUCUCUGUCUAUCCCUCUCUCUCCAUCUCUAUCUCCCUCUCCCUCCUUCCAUCUCUACUGCUGUCUCUCUCUCAAGGGUAAACCUGGUGAACCAGGACCUUCAGGAAAGCCAGGAGCCCCUGGUACUCCAGUGAGUGAUUAUUUAUUUAUAUACAGCAGGAACUGCUCUUAACAUUGCAGACAUCGUGGUCCUAGCUUCUGUGAAAACAUGCACAUGCACAUGCAGUGAAAUGCUGUUUGUAUGUAGCGAACAAAGCAGCUUCCCUCUACCCUGUAUCUGGUACUCUACAACCAGCUAGAUCAAGUCCCAUCAAGCCCUUGUAAAUAUGAAUAUUAAUUGUUUGCAGCUGUUUCAUCUCCCACCGCAAGAUCUUUUAUGAACUGUACCUCCAAGCGCAGCAACGUUCAUAAAAACCCUUAUAACGAGUGGGGCUGCCUGUGAGUGUUCAACUACAGUAUGACUACAGUAUGACUACACCAUGUGAAAGUCACAAGUCCCCAUGUUUCUGUGUGUAUUACAGGGUCAGGCUGGAGCCAAGGGAGACCCUGGGAACCCAGGAUUACCAGGCUUUAGUGGUCUCAAGGGACCGUCCGUAAGUAGGGAUUCCUGCUCCUUUUUUAUGUAAACAUUAUCACUAGGGUUCUAAGCUACUGUUGCCAGUGGUGUAAAGUAACUAUGUAAAAAUACUUUGAAGUACUACUGUAUUUUACUUUACUAUUUAUAUUUUUGACUACUUUUACUUUUACUCCACUACAUUCCUAAAUAAAAUAUGUACUUUUUACUCGUUACAUUUCGAAUGCUCAGGCAGGACAGAAAUAUGGUCCAAUUCAUGCACCUAUCAAUAUAACGCGUUGUCAUCCCUACUGCUUCUGAUCUUGCGGACUCACGAAACACAAAUACUGAGUUUGUAAAUUAUGUCUGAGUGUUGGAGUGUGUCCCUGGCUGUCCAUAAAUUUAUUAAAAACAAGAAAAUUGUGCCAUCUGGUUUGCAUAAUAUAAGGAAUUAGAUGUAUAGCAUUUACUUUAACUUUUAACUUUGACUAAAGUUUGACAAUUGAAUACUUUUGCCACCACUACCUAAGUACAUUUAAAACAAGAUAUGUUACUCAAGUAGUAUUUUACUGGGUGACCUUCACUUUUACUUGAGUCAUUUUCUAUGAAGGUAUCUUUACUUUUACUCAAGUAUGACAACUGAGUACUUUUCCCACCACUGAUUGUUGCUAUGCCUCCUAGUCCUACCACUCAUGUUGGAAUAGUCUGAGUUGAUGUUCUGCCAUAAGAAGAUUGGAAGUUGUGAUGCAAGCGUUUCUGAUUUGAUCAAAUGUAUUUAUAUAUAAAUGUCUCUGCCUUCGAUCUGUCUAUCUGUCUAGGGUCCUACUGGUCCGUUCGGCCCAGAGGGGAAACAGGUAAGAACCAUUGAUUGAUUGAUUGGUUUGUUGAUUGAUUUUUUGAGACAUAUUUCAAUUUUCAUCAGCUACUUUUAGCAUCUUUACACUAUGAAAUGGAUAUAAUGUGGAACAUGGAUUGGGCGAUGUCUUGCCCACAAAAUAUUAAACAAACUCCUUGUCUGUUUCACAGGGUAUGUCAGGCAGAGCAGGAGAACGUGGACUCAAAGGAGAGAGGGUGAGUACAUACAGGACCCUGCCCAACCAACGACCAUAAACAACAUUGUUUACAGUGAGGGAAAAAAUUAUUUGAUCCCCUGCUGAUUUUGUACGUUUGCCCACUGACAAAGACAUGAUCAGUCUAUCAUUUUAAUGGUAGGUUUAUUUGAACAGUGAGAGACAGAAUAACAACAAAAAAAUCCAGAAAAACUCAUGUCAAAAAUGUUAUAAAUUGAUUUGCAUUUUAAUGAAGGAAAUAAGUAUUUGACCCCUCUGCAAAACAUGACUUAGUACUUGGUGGCAAAACCCUUGUUGGCAAUCACAGAGGUCAGACGUUUCUAGUAGUUGGCGACCAGGUUUGCACACAUCUCAGGAGGGAUUUUGUCCCACUCCUCUUUGCAGAUCUUCUCCAAGUCAUUAAGGUUUCAAGGCUGACGUUUGGCAACUCGAACCUUCAGCUCCCUCCACAGAUUUUCUAUGGGAUUAAGGUCUGGAGACUAGCUAGGCCACUCCAGGACCUUAAUGUGCUUCUUCUUGAGCCACUCCUUUGUUGCCUUGGCCGUGUGUUUUGGGUCAUUGUCAUGCUGGAAUACCCAUCCACUACCCAUUUUCAAUGCCCUGGCUGAGGGAAGGAGGUUCUCACCCAAGAUUUAUAAUAAAUAAUAAUAAGUCCCAUCAAAGGUACGAUGGUACAAGGCCCCGUCCAUCGUACCUUUGAUGCGGUGAAGUUGUCUUGUCCCCUUAGCAGAAAAACACCCCCAAAGCAUAAUGUUUACACCUCCAUGUUUGGCGGUGGGGAUGGUGUUCUUGGGGUCAUAGGCAGCAUUCCUCCUCCUCCAAACACGGCGAGUUGAGUUGAUGCCAAAGAGCUCGAUUUUGGUCUCAUCUGACCACAACACUUUCACCCAGUUCACCUCUGAAUCAUUCAGAUGUUCAUUGGCAAACUUCAGACGGGCCUGUAUAUGUGCUUUCUUGAGCAGGGGGACCUUGCGGGCGCUGCAGGAUUUCAGUCCUUCACGGCGUAGUGUGUUACCAAUUGUUUUCUUGGUGACUAUGGUCCCAGCUGCCUUGAGAUCAUUGACAAGAUCCUCCCGUGUAGUUCUGGGCUGAUUCCUCACUGUUCUCAUGAUCAUUGCAACUCCACGAGGUGAGAUCUUGCAUGGAGCCCCAGGCCAAGGGAGAUUGACAGUUCUUUUGUGUUUCUUCCAUUUGCGAAUAAUCGCACCAACUGUUGUCACCUUCUCACCAAGCUGCUUGGCGAUGGUCUUGUAGCCCAUUCCAGCCUUGUGUAGGUCUACAAUCUUGUCCCUGACAUCCUUGGAGAGCUCUUUGGUCUUGGCCAUGGUGGAGAGUUUGGAAUCUGAUUGAUUGAUUGUUUCUGUGGACAGGUAUCUUUUAUACAGGUAACAAGCUGAGAUUAGGAGCACUCCCUUUAAGAGUGUGCUCCUAAUCUCAGCUCGUUACCAGUAUAAAAGACACCUGGGAGCCAGAAAUCUUUCUGAUUGAGAGGGGGUCAAAUACUUAUUUCCCUCAUUAAAAUGCAAAUCAAUUUAUAACAUUUUUGACAUGUUUUUUUCUGGAUUUUGUUGUUGUUAUUCUGUCUCUCACUGUUCAAAUAAACCUACCAUUAAAAAGAUAGACUGAUAAUUUCUUUGUCAGUGGGCAAACGUACAAAAUCAGCAGGGGAUCAAAUAAAUGUUUCCCUCACUGUGUAUUGUUUCUGAGUGUGUUUUGUUGGAUGUCUUUGUAGGGCAACUCAGGUGGGAAGGGAGAUAAGGGACCUGUUGGAGAUCCAGGUAUGCCUGGUAACCCGGGAACCCCAGGCCGUAAGGGCCACACAGGGAUGAUGGGUAUGUCCGGGCCACCAGGAGAGAUGGGACUUACUGGGCCUCAGGGAACACCUGGAAACCCUGGACAACCAGGAUCACGGGUGAGUAGUGAUCUAAAUACUUGCAUUAGCCCCCCAGAGUUAACCGCCAGGUUUUAGCUCAGCAGGCGAACACAGUCUUGUGGUUUAUGGAAUACUCUGGUUCAAUCCCAGUCACAGUCAGAGUGCUAUAGAAAAUAUUACAGACUUCUAGAACUCGAUGACGUAAACAUGCUAAUUUCUCCUUCCACAGGGAGAGUCACCAUCACUGGAAACAAUGAGAAGGCUAAUCCAGGAGGAACUAGCUAAGGCGUUAGAUGGUGAGACUGGCGUAUUGUUAGGAACAGUGGGACAUUAGUGCAAUCUGUAAUGUAUGCAAAGUUUGUUUGACCUCAAAUGAGCUGUGCAAGUCAUACUUGUGUGUCCGUGUGUUCCACCUCCAGACAAAAUGGCGUACCUGAUGGCCCAGAUCCAGCCAGCCCAUGUGAAGAGCACGGCAGGUCGGCCAGGACCUCCAGGCCCCUCAGGGAAAGAAGGGAGCCAUGGUCGCCCCGGACCCCCAGGAGAGCCUGGCAUGCCUGGGCAGAAUGGAGGAGAUGGCAUGAGGGGACCCAUGGGUCCUAAAGGUAAUUGAUCCAAAGUGAAGUCCCAUUUUUUUUGGUCACACUUCCUGUAUUUCUUGGUUCAGAUAAACACACUGUGAGAGCAUAAUAUUAAAGAGUGUAAUAUUGUCAAAACACUACAUGAGAGGUUUCAGGUUUCUACUAUACCCAGAAAACACAUUUUUGCCACCCAUUGAUAUUAGUCGCCUUUGGUAGUCUUGAUUUAGGUUGUCUUGAUUCAGACACUGUCUGUAAAAACAUCAUUGUGAGUGUUGUGUCUGUCAUCUCUGUGACGUCCAGGUGAGAGAGGAUCCAGAGGAGAAAAGGGGGAAAACGGAGUUGGACAGAGAGGAGAGACUGGACCAUCUGGUCCUAUAGGUACAGUACUGUUCCUCUAUUACAGCAUUACAUCAAUAGAAUGUCUCUAUUACUACUAUAUCAUUCUAAAUGGAUGAUUGUUUGUAUCCAUCUUGAGAUCCUUAGUUGCUAAACUAUGAGCUAUCCAGCACGAAUGGGGUGAGUGAGUGACUGACUGACACUUGAACUUCCUAAGAAAGCAGCAGUUGCUUCAGUGUGACUCUUUGCCAUUCCAUUUGCUAUUCCACCCCCUAGGACCAGCAGGUAUGCCAGGCUAUGGUAAGGAUGGGCAGCCCGGGGCGGCUGGAGCUCAGGGUGAACCAGGGAACCCUGGUCCCCAUGGCCAGCCAGGCCCCAGCGGACCCCCAGGACAGUGUGACCCCUCCCAGUGUGCCUACUACGCCAGUCUGGGAUCACGACCCCACACCAAGAAC